CGACCUCGGCGGCGCCGCGCGGCGGAGACGGUUGCGCUUGCUCGCGGUCUCGGCGUCAUGGCGGCUGCCGGCGGCCGAUAAGCGGCGGGGCGGGAGCGCGGACGGAGGAGGCGCCCUCGGUACUUCCCGCUCGGCCUCGGCGCCCGGAGAUGAACUGAUCGUGGGACCCGCUCCGCCGCCAACCCCCGCGCGUCUCCGCCCGCGGCCUCCCCUCCCCCCUCCGCCGUCGGCGGCGCGGGUCCCGCGGCCUGGGCGUCCAGGAUCGCGGGCCCCGCGCGGGGCAUCCUCCACCCGAGGCGCCGGCCCGCGCCACCCUCCGCCCCAAGCCGGCCGGUUACUCAGAGAGGAGUCCCAGGAAGCCUGUGAAUGUUGAAGAAAAUUCAUCUUUGAAAUUUUGAUAUUCGAGGAAGUUGACGUUUGUAUUCAUCUUUUAGUAAAGUGGGAAGAUUUGUGUUGAAUUUUAAAACUACCUGAUAUUUACAAUGAAUGGACACAGUGAUGAAGAAAGUGUUAGAAAUGGCAGUGGAGAAUCAAGCCAGUCGGAAGACGAUUCUGGGUCAGCAUCAGGCUCUGGAUCCGGCUCAAGUUCUGGCAGCAGCAGUGGUGGAAGCAGCAGCCAAUCUGGGAGCAGCGACUCUGAUUCUGGUUCUGACUCAGGAAGUCAGUCAGAGUCUGAGUCAGAUACAUCCCAAGAGAACAAAGUCCAAGCAAAACCACCAAAAGUCGAUGGAGCCGAGUUUUGGAAAUCUAACCCUAGUAUUCUGGCUGUUCAGAGAUCGGCAAUGCUUAAGAAGCAGCCGCCACAGCCGCAGCCGCCGCAUCCAGCUUCAUCUAACAGUGGAUCAGAAGAGGAUUCCUCUAGCAGCGAAGACUCGGAUGGCUCCUCCAGUGAGGUCAAGAGGAAAAAACAUAAUGAUGAAGAUUGGCAAAUGUCUGGCUCAGGAUCCCCAUCUCAGUCUGGUUCAGAUUCAGAAUCUGAAGAUGAGAGAGAGAAAAGCAGCUGUGAUGAGACAGAAUCUGACUAUGAGCCAAAAAACAAAGUCAAAAGCAGGAAACCUCAGAGCAGAUCUAAGUCAAAAAAUGGAAAAAAAAUUCUUGGACAAAAAAAGAGACAGAUUGAUUCGUCUGAAGAUGAGGAUGAUGAGGAUUAUGAUAAUGAUAAACGAAGCUCUCGCCGCCAAGCCACGGUCAAUGUGAGCUACAAGGAAGAUGAAGACAUGAAAACAGACUCUGAUGACCUGCUGGAAGUCUGUGGAGAGGAUGCUCCUCAACCUGAGGAGGAGGAGUUUGAAACAAUAGAAAGGUUUAUGGAUUGCAGAUUUGGGAGGAGAGGAGCUACUGGUGCUACUACAACCAUUUAUGCUGUUGAAGCAGAUGGUGACCCCAAUGCAGGAUUUGAAAAAAACAAAGAGCCAGGAGACAUACAGUAUUUAAUUAAAUGGAAAGGAUGGUCACACAUCCACAACACUUGGGAGACAGAAGAAACCCUCAAGCAGCAGAAUGUUAGAGGGAUGAAAAAAUUGGAUAAUUAUAAGAAAAAAGAUCAGGAAACAAAAAGAUGGCUGAAAAAUGCUUCUCCAGAAGAUGUGGAAUAUUAUAAUUGUCAGCAAGAACUUACAGAUGAUCUACACAAACAGUAUCAGAUAGUGGAGCGUAUAAUUGCUCAUUCCAAUCAAAAAUCAGCAGCUGGUCUUCCUGAUUAUUAUUGCAAAUGGCAGGGGCUUCCAUACUCAGAGUGCAGCUGGGAGGAUGGAGCUCUCAUCUCCAGAAAGUUUCAGACGUGCAUCGAUGAAUAUUUUAGCAGGAAUCAGUCAAAAACUACUCCUUUUAAAGAUUGCAAAGUAUUGAAACAAAGACCAAGAUUUGUAGCUCUGAAGAAGCAACCAUCCUAUAUUGGAGGACAUGAGGGUUUAGAAUUGAGAGACUAUCAGCUGAAUGGUUUAAAUUGGCUUGCUCACUCUUGGUGCAAAGGAAAUAGUUGCAUACUUGCUGAUGAAAUGGGCCUUGGAAAGACAAUACAGACGAUCUCAUUCUUGAACUAUUUGUUUCAUGAACACCAAUUGUACGGACCUUUUCUAUUAGUUGUACCGCUCUCCACUCUCACUUCCUGGCAAAGAGAGAUUCAGACAUGGGCAUCUCAGAUGAAUGCGGUGGUUUAUUUAGGUGACAUUAACAGCAGAAAUAUGAUAAGAACUCAUGAAUGGAUGCAUCCCCAGACCAAACGAUUAAAAUUUAAUAUACUUUUAACAACCUAUGAAAUUUUAUUGAAGGAUAAGGCAUUCCUUGGUGGUCUAAAUUGGGCAUUUAUAGGUGUUGAUGAAGCACAUCGAUUAAAAAACGAUGAUUCCCUGCUGUAUAAAACUUUAAUUGAUUUUAAAUCUAAUCAUCGUCUUCUUAUCACUGGAACUCCUCUACAAAACUCCCUGAAAGAGCUCUGGUCAUUGCUACAUUUCAUUAUGCCAGAAAAGUUUUCUUCAUGGGAAGAUUUUGAAGAAGAACAUGGUAAAGGCAGAGAAUAUGGUUAUGCAAGCCUCCACAAGGAGCUUGAGCCAUUUCUGUUACGCCGAGUUAAGAAAGAUGUGGAAAAAUCUCUUCCUGCCAAGGUUGAGCAAAUCUUAAGGAUGGAAAUGAGUGCUUUACAGAAACAAUAUUACAAAUGGAUUUUAACUAGGAAUUACAAAGCCCUCAGCAAAGGUUCCAAGGGCAGUACCUCAGGCUUUUUGAACAUUAUGAUGGAGCUAAAGAAAUGUUGUAACCAUUGCUACCUCAUUAAACCGCCAGAUAAUAAUGAAUUCUAUAAUAAACAGGAGGCCUUACAACACUUAAUCCGUAGUAGCGGAAAAUUAAUUCUUCUAGACAAGCUGUUAAUUCGCCUAAGAGAAAGAGGCAACCGAGUGCUCAUUUUUUCUCAGAUGGUGCGGAUGUUAGAUAUACUUGCAGAAUAUUUGAAGUAUCGUCAAUUCCCCUUUCAAAGAUUAGAUGGAUCAAUAAAAGGGGAGCUGAGGAGACAAGCUCUAGACCAUUUCAACGCCGACGGGUCAGAGGAUUUCUGCUUUUUGCUUUCUACAAGAGCUGGGGGGUUAGGUAUUAACCUAGCCUCUGCUGACACUGUUGUUAUAUUUGAUUCUGAUUGGAAUCCGCAAAAUGAUCUUCAGGCUCAAGCAAGAGCUCAUCGAAUUGGGCAGAAGAAGCAGGUGAAUAUAUAUCGUUUAGUAACAAAGGGAUCAGUUGAAGAAGAUAUUCUUGAAAGGGCCAAAAAGAAAAUGGUUUUAGAUCAUCUUGUGAUUCAAAGAAUGGACACGACCGGGAAGACGGUGCUGCACACAGGUUCUGCCCCGUCAAGUUCUACCCCCUUUAAUAAAGAGGAGUUAUCUGCAAUUUUAAAGUUUGGUGCUGAGGAGCUUUUUAAGGAGCCUGAAGGAGAAGAGCAAGAGCCCCAGGAAAUGGAUAUAGAUGAAAUCUUGAAGAGAGCUGAAACGCAUGAAAACGAGCCAGGUCCCCUGACUGUAGGGGAUGAGCUCCUUUCCCAGUUCAAGGUUGCCAACUUUUCAAAUAUGGAUGAAGAUGACAUUGAAUUGGAACCUGAGAGAAAUUCAAAGAACUGGGAGGAAAUCAUUCCAGAAGAUCAAAGAAGACGAUUAGAAGAGGAAGAAAGACAGAAGGAACUUGAAGAAAUUUAUAUGCUUCCAAGAAUGAGAAACUGUGCAAAGCAGAUAAGUUUCAAUGGAAGUGAAGGGAGGCGGAGCAGAAGCAGGCGGUACUCUGGCUCUGACAGUGACUCCAUCUCGGAAAGGAAACGACCAAAGAAGCGCGGGCGGCCACGCACCAUCCCUCGGGAGAACAUUAAAGGAUUUAGUGAUGCGGAAAUUAGGCGGUUUAUCAAGAGCUAUAAGAAAUUUGGUGGCCCUCUGGAAAGAUUAGAUGCGAUUGCUCGAGAUGCUGAACUGGUCGACAAGUCAGAAACAGAUCUCAGAAGACUGGGAGAGCUGGUGCACAAUGGCUGUGUCAAGGCUCUGAAGGACAGUUCUUCAGGGACAGAGCGAGCAGGUGGCAGACUUGGAAAAGUGAAGGGGCCAACAUUCCGAAUAUCAGGAGUACAAGUGAAUGCGAAGCUGGUCAUUGCUCAUGAAGACGAGCUGAUACCUUUGCAUAAAUCCAUUCCUUCAGACCCAGAGGAGAGGAAGCAGUACACAAUCCCGUGCCAUACAAAGGCAGCUCACUUUGAUAUAGACUGGGGCAGAGAAGAUGAUUCCAAUUUGUUAAUUGGUAUCUAUGAGUAUGGCUAUGGGAGCUGGGAAAUGAUUAAAAUGGAUCCUGACCUCAGUUUAACACACAAGAUUCUUCCAGAUGAUCCGGAUAAAAAACCACAAGCUAAACAGUUACAGACACGUGCAGACUACCUCAUCAAGUUGCUCAGCCGAGACCUUGCAAAGAAAGAAGCACAGAGACUUUGUGGUGCAGGAGGUUCAAAGAGGAGAAAAACAAGAACUAAAAAGAAUAAAGCAAUGAAGUCCAUAAAAAUCAAAGAAGAAAUAAAGAGUGACUCGUCUCCCCUGCCAUCAGAGAAGUCUGACGAAGAUGACGAUAAAUUGAAUGAAUCUAAGCCUGAAAGUAAAGACCGGUCUAAAAAGUCUGUGGUGUCAGACGCUCCGGUUCAUAUCACUGCAAGUGGAGAGCCAGUUCCCAUAGCUGAGGAGUCUGAAGAGCUGGACCAGAAGACAUUCAGCAUCUGUAAAGAAAGAAUGAGGCCAGUAAAAGCCGCUUUGAAACAGCUUGACAGGCCUGAGAAAGGCCUUUCAGAAAGAGAGCAACUGGAACACACUAGACAGUGUUUAAUCAAGAUCGGAGACCACAUCACGGAAUGUCUGAAGGAGUACUCCAAUCCUGAGCAGAUCAAGCAGUGGAGAAAAAACCUGUGGAUUUUUGUAUCUAAGUUUACUGAGUUUGAUGCAAGAAAAUUGCAUAAACUGUAUAAGCAUGCUAUUAAAAAACGACAAGAAUCUCAGCAAAACAGUGACCAGAACAGCAACGUUACUCCUCAUGUGGUUAGAAAUCCAGACAUGGAAAGGUUAAAAGAGACGAAUCAUGAUGAUAGCAGCAGGGACAGUUAUUCUUCUGAUAGACACUUAUCUCAGUACCAUGAUCAUCAUAAAGACCGCCACCAGGGAGAUUCUUAUAAGAAGAGUGAUUCCAGGAAAAGACCCUACUCUUCAUUUAGCAAUGGCAAAGACCAUCGGGAAUGGGACCACUACAAGCAAGACAGCAGGUACUAUAGUGACAGAGAGAAACACAGAAAAUUGGAUGACCACAGGAGUCGCGAGCACAGGUCAGGUGUGGAAGGAGGUGUGAAGGACAGGUGUCAUUCUGACCAUCGGUCUCACUCGGACCAUCGACUGCACUCGGACCACCGGUCAAGUUCUGAAUACACACAUCAUAAAUCUUCCAGGGAUUAUCGGUUUCUCUCCGAUUGGCAAAUGGACCACCGAGCUGCCAGCACCGGCCCUCGGUCACCUUUAGAUCAGAGGUCUCCUUAUGGCUCCAGGUCUCCGUUUGAACAUUCAACUGAACACAAAAGUACACCUGAGCACACCUGGAGUAGCCGGAAAACAUAACAGAAGCUGAUAACUUGUCUAUGUGGACUUUGGUUUUAGCCAUAGAUGAUAAACCAACACAGUAAUUGCCUUACAUGACUUGAAAGAUGCAACAGCUCUUCUAUCAGUAGCAGUAUUGUUACUUCUUCCCAGGACGCAAGGUCUAUUAUCCCAACAGAAGAGAAAAUAUUUUUAUAUUUAAGGAUUAUGCUGCACUGUACUGCAGAUAUGGCAGUACUUUUUUUUUUUUUUUAAAGAAAUGGAAAAUGUUUACUAUAACAGGGACCUCAACACUGCCCUCCCGUGUAGGCUGAAUAAACUGUUUUUAUGUCAGUGGUUUCCGACUGACUCCAUUUAAAUUAUGUUUGUAUAUGAACUUUACUCUGACCUGUGAUCAUGUUUCAGGAAGGAAUGAAAGAGAGUUCUUUUCUUAAUAAAGAAAAAACACUCAAGGACUUUGUUCACUUUCCAAAGCUACUUGUUUACAUUGUACACUGCGACCACCUUGCCGCUUCCAUCACAAGCUUGAAUAUUUAAAUCCUGUACUUAUGUCUGUAAUAUAUCCGGGAAUUUCCUGUUUGUGAUUAUUAUUAUGCCUUUUUACAGAAGAAGAUGGCUGUAAAUUAUUGUAAAUGUAUUAAUGAGCUCUCCUUCCUCGCCCUUCUCAGGCUUGUUUUCCCAGACUGUUCCUUUCCCUACCAACUCAGGCCUUCUUUUUAAAAAAAAAAAAAAUCAGUGUAAUAACACUUUUUAAUGAUUUGUCUUGAUGGAAUCAUUGUUUAGAAUGUAAAAACGGGGAAAGGGCCACUUCUUCCUUUGAGUCCUCUUUUUAUAUCGGAUUUUUAUUAGAUACGUGUUUACCCCUUCUUUUGGAAGUCAAUAUUAUGUUUGUACUUUUACCAGAGAACUGUUGGGUAAUACGCGAAUCAUAAACUUGAUGCUCUGGGAACUUUUUCAGAUGCAUUUGGUUUAAAAGGGUAGGUGUAUGAACACUUUCAGAAUCCAAAAUGGCCAAAAGUUACUGUAAAUCCAUGUCUUUUCCCUUCUCAUGUAUGGGCAAUAAUGUCAAAUGUGCUAUGCAGCCAGGUUAACAUUUUAGAUGAAUUUGAUUAACUUUUUAAUAUAAACUGUUACAGUGCACACUGAUUGUACAUAAAAACCUUAUAUAUGACAAAUUAAAUUUAAGAAAAAGGAUAUGUGGGCUCCUGUAGUUUUGUGCUCCACUCUUGUUCCCUCAAGCAUUUUAUCUUUGUUUCUUUUGUUUUGUGUUAAGUAACAGCUUCCAGGGCAAGAAAGGUAUCUUGGUAAACCACUGAAAGUUGAUUGUAGUACUGCAACUGUGUGUUUGGAAGACUCCGAAUCUUUCUAUGAAAGUCUGCUUUCCAUAGCUGUUACUCUUCUACGGUGCCUUACUUAUUCACAAUUUUUUUCUUAUAUUCAGUGGGAAUUUUUAAUGUAUGCUUUGUAAUCAUAGAUGAUUACUUCUGGAUGUGUCUCCAAUGAUUAGCUCUUGGGGAAAUCUAAAAGUUGGUCUGUGGAUUUAUAUUUUCCUUUUGUAUAGCCAAGUCUAAAGUUUAUACAAAACAACCUUUUUAAAAAGCAGUUAUAUCUUUGACAUAAAGUUAUCCUGAAGUCAAAGAUAAGUUUUUAUCUUUGAUAUGCGAGGUUGUGUGUUGGGGGAAAACUCAACUUUGAAACAUCUAGUUAUAAUUAAAAACAAAAAUGAUGAUAGAACUCAGUGCUGGCACACAGUUUUUAAAAUUCUCACUUUCUCCACAUUUAAGAUAAAUGAUCAUUUUAUUCCUGAAGAACAUUUCCCAUAAGUCCUGAUAUUAACAGCAAUAGCUCAGGGUUAGCACUACAUGCCCCUGUGGCUAGGUCAUUUGCUUAAAAGCCUGUUUGUUGUACAGAUUUUGUAGAAAAAUAAUGCAUUUUUGAAGAAUGGGCUCUUAAUUUCUUUUAUUUUUAUUUUUUCUUACCAGUUUGACACUUAAUUGAGUUAACUAGCUGAGUUGACUGCAAAUCUAAAACUGUAUGUAACAUUUAUUGAAUCUGUUAAUUAUUUGUAAAAAGUCAUCAAUUACAUAGUAAAGGAGCAAGCCAUAAAGUGCUAAGACGCAAUGGAUAGCGUCAGUAUGUAGCUACACCAAGGGCAUUAUAGAAGUGCUUAUUUUGUGUCUUUUACAUGCUCACUGCUCUAUUUUCAUCCAUUUGUUUAAUUUUUUAAGUGAGAGAUUAUGCAUAGCAUUGUACCAAUUAACC